AUGGCAUCAUUCAACGAUUCACAUGCUGGUUCCGAUACAUAUACGAUGGAUAUAGUUCCACCUCAGUCGCCACCUAUUGACCCAGCACAGGCUUCAACCGCUGAGCCUGAACUCAGCAUUGAACCUUCCAUUCCAAAGCGUAUUGGACGUUCAGAAUGGAGGCAAUUUGAACGUUUCGUUAGAUUGAAUUACCGCCGCAUGGAGCUGAAAGAAUUGCGCAAACUCAUACUCAAGGACCACGGUUUUGUCGCCAGCACUCAGCAAUGGAAAAAGGCGCUUUCGGGGUGGAACCUAUCCAAGUCAAUUCCGAAGCCUGUCGCAAAAUUCAUUGGGAAGAAGACAUACUUCCGCCGGAUCAAAGAAGGAAAGAAAACAUCCUUCAGAUACCGUAAACAAGCGGUACCAAAGGACAAGAUCAAACGGUACACACAAAAAUAUGCUAGCGAGGCCUUAUCUCCAAUCGCAUCUUCGCCCUCUAGUAUUACGUACAAUACUUCGGAGUCUGCGAAUACGGAAUAUGGGGUUCCGGUGAACCAGACCAAUCGAAACGAUGUUCCAGCAAGAUCAGAAUUCUACAAUGGCCAGGAUGUCGAUAGCUUCCUCAGAAUUUCUCAAAUCGCUCAAACCUUCGUCAAGCAAGGUAACUAUUCAGAUGCGAAGCUCGCCUUCAUGGAGGCUUUGGAAGGACUAGAAGCCCUAUUAGGCACUGUGCACAAGAUUCCCGUGCAUAUUUUACUCGUCUUUGUUGACGCCGCUAUCAAGAACAAGGACUUCGAUGGAGCUAUGGAGCGACUUCGCAAGUCCUACACUCAUCAUCAAGAGCUACUUGGUGACAAUGACAAGAAGACUUGGAUGAGCUAUAGCCGACUGGGCUUGGUAUACGACGCAGAGAGAAAAUACGGUCAAGCGCUAAAAACAUUCAGUGCUGCGAGAGAUGGCUUACGUGCAGCAUCCCAGAUGGGUGUAGAAGACAUGUUCAAUCUUACCUUUGAGUUGAACCUGAAAAUUCUCUGUGCAUACCAUCAUUUAGGCGACUUGGAAUCUGCUGAAGAAGAGUUGUGCGAUCUGAUCCCGCAAGCCGAAGGGCUAGGUGACGCUUAUCAAACUCAGAGCGCCUACUUCAAGCACCAACUCGCCCAUAUCUAUAACAGCCACGAAUGGCAUCCAGAAGAAGCUUCACUAUGUAAUGCAGCUCCUCCAAGAAAGCGUAUAGAGAAAAUGCUUCUUGAAGCUAUCUAUGACUACGCUGUCACUUUUGACGAGGGGCCUUAUUAUCUGUGUUCGUUAGAACAGUUACGAACAUAUUAUGAGACCACAGGUGAGGUCCACAAGCUGAACUGCCUGAUCACGGAGAAAAUCGAACCUAUUCUCAGCGCGAUCCGACCGGCCAGCGACCUAUGCGUUGAAAAGUACCUCGAGCUAAUGGAAGGGACCAUAUAUUCAUUGUUGCGACUUCGUGAGUACGAGAAAGCUGAUUCAUGGUUGCAUUGGCGUCAACAACAGAUCGAAAACUUAGAUCUGAAAGGAACCUAUUCCGUCGAGGCACUAUGUAACCUCAUGAUGCAUGCCAAGACCUAUCUUGAUCGAAGCAUGCCUCAGUCUGCGGAGCCGCUGCUUGAGAAAGCUCAGCGGAUAGCUGAGCAAAUUCUGCCGCCUGGCCAUGCUAUCCAUACAACCAUAGCUGAGACAAUCGCUAGGAAGGCUUGGUUGCGUCGGACAUGCUGUCAAUGCCUAGUCAACUCACCAAAUUGCGACCUUGACGACACGAAGUGA